AUGUAAAAUGAUUGGAAGGUUCAAGUUUCAAAUGAAAACAAUAUAAUAAAGUACUAGAAUCUUGAAUACCAUAUUGAAUAAAUGUUAGGAACUGGAGCAAGUGCUAAAGUAUACAAAUCAAAAAAAUUUAUAAAUUCAAUAGAGCAAAAAGAAGAAGUUGCACUUAGAAUCUAAAAUCGAUAUUACAAAUAAAAUUAUGAGUAAUGGAAUUAAUUAAAAGAUUUUAAAUGGAAAAAUACAACAUAUCCAAUAGAGAAUAUACCAGGUAGUUUUUUAUAUACUGAAUUCGAAUUAUUUGAUGGUAAUCUUACAUCUCUUGGAAGUCAAGACCUUAAGACAAAUAUCUUUAAAAUUGCCUAAACUAUAGCUUAUGCUUUAUCAGAAAUUCAUAAGUCAAAUUUUAUUCAUUAUGAUGUAAAGCCUGAUAAUAUAGUAUUCAAAAAGAUUAAAGAUUAAGAAUUUAAGUUUGCACUAUGUGAUUUCUCCUCAAUCCAAACUCUGGAAAAGGCAAAAAGUGAAGAAUUAUUCAUUGAAGCAACACCUCAGUUUGCACCUCCAGAAAUUUAAAUUUAAGGUAUUUCUAAAGAUACAGAUGAAUCAAGCGAUAUUUGGUCAUUAGGAAUGACUCUAUACAAUCUCUAUUCUUAACAUUUUAUGUUUACACAAGGUAAUUUAUUAUUAUUUUUAUUUAGAUAAUCUUGAUUAAAAAUAAGAUUAAAAUUUUAUUGAUAAUAUUGUUGAGAAAGAUAUUUAAGAUAAUUAACAAUUAAAAUAAUUAAUUCUUUUAUUGCUUAGAGUUGAAAAGAAAGAUAGAAUUAAAGCCUAUGAAAUCAUUGAAUUUAUUUAAGAUCCCAAUAAACUCAAACAUAAAUUUGCAUAAAUAUAACCAAAAUAAACCUCACAAAAUAGCUGUUAAUAAUUAUAUAGCACAUAAAUAAAAAAAGAGAAAGUUAAAUAACCCAAUUUAGAAAAAAUACCAAAAUUAUUGGAUUUUAUUAAUAAUGAAAAUCUUAAUUUAAGAAAAAAAAUAUCGCACUUAUUAGAGAUACCUAACAUAGUUUUUUGA